CCCUCAGCUCUUAGUUCCACCCUAGGUGGGGUACGGCCCCGCCGGGGUCUGCAGGGCCGCGAGGGAGAGUGCAGAGGGACAGGCGGGACAAAUUGGAGCACACCUCUGAAAGGUGCUGACUAUGAAGGUAUCAGUACAGGCUGUGGCAGUGUGGGGGAAAAUAGCUCCCUCUCACAGCAUCACUGCUAUUAUGAUUACAGAUGACCAGCAGACUAUAGUUACAGGAAGUCAAGAAGGACAAAUAUGUCUCUGGGAUCUUUCAUCAGAAUUAAAGAUUUCAUCUAAAGAAAUUCUCUUUGGCCAUACAGCUUCUGUAACUUGUCUGGCAAAAGCAAGAGAGUUCGAGAAACAACCAUAUGUAGUAAGUGCUACUGAAAAUGGGGAGAUGUGUGUUUGGAAUGUCACUAGUGGACAGUGCGUUGAGAAUGCAAAGCUUCCUUAUAGGCAUACAGCAAUCUACUAUUACCAUUGCUCAUUCCGAAUGACAGGUGAAGGCUGGCUUCUUUGUUGUGGAGAAUAUCAAAAUGUUCUUAUUAUUGAUGCCAAGACUUUGGGUGUUCUUCACUCUUUAUCAUCAUCUGAGUCUUCUGAUUGGAUAAAUUGUAUGUGUAUUGUACACUCUGCAAGAAUUCAAGAAGACUCAUUGGUUGCAGUGUCUGUAACUGGAGUUCUUAAAGUGUGGGACCUAUCUUCGUCAUUGAAUAGCAUACAGGAGAGACAAAGUGUGUGCGAGAAGGAAUCAAAAUCUCUGGACUGUAUAAAUUGUCAAGCAGUACGGUUUUGUACUUACACGGAAAGGCUCCUUCUAGUUGUGUCCUCCACAUGCUGGCAGGUCUAUGAUUAUUGUGAUUUCUCCUUGCUUUGUACUGAGUUCUGUAAAAGUGGUCAGUGCUUUGCUGGUGGAGAAGUACUAGCAGCUUACAGACUUAUCAUCUGGACAGAAGAUGGCCACAGUUACAUCUACCAGCUGCUAAACAGCGGGCUUUCUAAAAGCAUAUAUCCUGCUGAUGGGAAGGUGCUGAAAGAAACUGUGUAUCCUCAUUUACUCUGCUUUACCGGUGUGAAGGAAAAUAAGAGUUUUCCUUUUGUCAUGGGCUUCAUGAAUGAAAGAAAGGAGCCUUUCUAUAAGGUUCUUUUUUCUGGUGAAGCUUCAGGAAGGAUCACUUUGUGGCAUGUUCCUGAUGUCCCUGUGUCAACAUUUGAUGGUUCACCAAAAGAGAUCCCAAUUACAGCAACGUGGACUCUUCAGGAUAAUUUUGAUAAACAUCAUGCAGUGUCAGAAGGCAUUAUUGAUCAUCUUUGUGCAUCUAAAGAUGGAAUCGAAAAUUCAGUUGUCAGUUCCUCUAUAUACAUACCCAGUCUUGAUAAGCUCGUGUGUGGAUGUGAAAAUGGGAAAAUUUUUGUAACACUAGGUUUAAAAACUGCAAGAGCAAGACUUUUACAAAACAUAUCUUUGCUAAAAGAUAAUCUACCUUAUAAGGUUCUGAAUGGUCAUAGUAGCAGAGUCACUUGUUUACUUUAUCCACAUAAUAAAUCAGUAAGAUUUGAUCCAAGCUGGCUGUUAUCAGGGGGCCAGGAUUCUGUUGUGAUCUGCUGGGAUAUAUUUACUGGAGGCAUCUUACACCAAUUUAGUUUGCAGUCUGGUCCAGUGACAGAGCUCUUGCGAUCUCCAGAAAACUACAGAUUAAAAGACCACAGCAUAGUGUGCUGUGUGUGCAGUGAUCACUCGGUAGCAAUUCUACACCUUCAGAAGAGAGUGUGUCUCUUACAUGCCAGAAAGCAUCUGUUUCCUGUGAAGAAGAUAAAAUUUGACCCUGUUGAAAAUCUGCUAAUUGUUGGAUGUGAAGACGGGUCAGUUUAUAUUUGGGAAAUUGAAACAGGCACACUGGAACGACAUGAAACAGGUGAAACAGCAAAAGCAAUUCUUACUUCCAUUGAAGAUUCAGAAUACUUAGUGGCAGAUGCUCUACUUCCUGUAUCUCAAGAGUCAAAAAGAAAUAAAAAUGCUGGAUACAAACACUCUAGCUCUUACAACCACUGCAUGGUCUCUUACAAUCUUACUCAUACAGAAAAAUCUUCAGAUAAGAUGCGUAAGGCAGGAAAUCCACUCUUGGAAGUGGAUCUUGAUUGGAAUAUGGGAUCUGAGUUAACUGAUACCAGCUACAUCCAACAGCCCUUUACUAUUUUACCAGUUAAGACAAAAUGGAACAAUGCAAACUUUCAUAUUCUCUUAUUUGAUCUGGAAAAACUUGAGGAACUUCUGCUGUCAUCUCAACUCAAUGGAUUAAAGUCAUCGAAUUCAUUCCACAACUAUGAUGCUCUAGACAGAGCCAAAAGUACUACUGAGAAAAGGGCACUGACAUUAAAAAGAAAUAAAACUGCUGGCUCCGUAUCUCCAGUGGAUAGGCAAGUAGAUACUGUUUGUUCAAACCAGGCCUGUAGGGAUAAUAACGCAGCUAGGCCUUUGGAAGAAAGUGGUGGCAUGAAAAGACAGAAAAAAAUGAAGAGUUCAAGAAAGAUUAGAAUGCAGCCAUCAGGAAACAUUGAUGUGAAUGUCACCACUGAUACAGCUAAACUGCUUUUGUCAUGUCUCUUACCAUGGGGUGUAGAUAAAGAAAUAGACAAUCUCUGUGUUAGACACUUAGAUAUCUUGAGGCUUCAGUGUCCUGUUUCUUUUGGACUUGCGUCAAAUGAAAACCACCUAUCACUAAUGUUGCCAGGAUGGAAAUGUACUGAUUGUGGUGUGCUAGAAGAACAUGCAGUAAUCAACUUGUUUUCAAAAAGAGUGCUUGAUUUAUCAAACAAGUACCUUGCUGCAACUGAAGGACAAACUGCUGGAAAGAAGGAUGGACCCGAGAAUAAUGUGUAUGGAGCAAAGGGAUUGGAAACAGUAUUCUUCUUAUUUAGCAGAAUAGCUUUAAUCAACAGGAUAAUUAACGUACCUUCAGCAGUUACAGGUGAAAUCGAAAGUCCACAGAAAUCAGAAUCUGUACAUGACAAAUGGCAAAAUGUAGAAGCAGUAACACCUUCAUUUGCCAGUUUUUAUGGAGGGUUACCAAGCAGUAAAAGUAGGUAUCAUUCCCUAGACUUUGGGAGUGCUUCAUUGCUGAAACUCAUUUGUUGUUGGAGUGACCAAUCUAUACAGAUUAUUGAGGCAAUGCAAGCGGUGCUGCUGGCAGAAGUUCAAAGGACUAUGAAUACCCUGAGAAAGACGGCAAUCUGCGGAGAGCCAUUGGCCAUAGUAGAGAAUGGAAAUGUCAGUGCGCUGAAGCAUGACAAGAGCUCAAACUCAGCGAACUUCCAAGAUGCGGAGGAGACGCCUGACAGAUGUGUCUUGGAAGAGUCUGAGAGUCCAGAUGACAUGAAGCCACAUCCCUGGAUAUCUAAGGUGUGCUCCUGUAAGGUGUGUUAGAAAACCCUGCUUAGCCGAAAGAAUUAGAAGAUGCACAAGAACAGCCAAGAAAUAGGACAUACGUGGCAUGGACGUGAAAUGGCUUGUUGUAUUUAUUAUUGUAUACCUUUAACAAUUCAUUUUCAGAAGAAAUACCUUCCAUAAGAUCAGCUUCUUUUUGCUGAUUUAUUGGCUUCAAUUCACACUUGCAUCACUAACAGACUUCCACUUAUUCAAUUAAAUUUAGGUAGUUCUAACACAGGAAAUAGCAACUCUUUAUUUUUAGAUGAUUUUCACUAGUUUAUGUAGUGAUCCCAAAUCUUACAACUUUGACCAUAAAACAUUUGCAUCAAUUUUAAUAUUCUUUUACAUAUAUCAAAUUUAAAUUUUUCUCUCUCCUUGCUUCUGACUUUUAUUACCAAUAACAUUUUAACACUGAGCAAAACCAAAUGUAUUUGAAAUAAUUAGAAAAUUUGUUUGCAUUUAAAGGAGAAAUGCAAAUUUUGAAUUAAACAUGGAAUAUUUAGAAACAACUAAAAUACAAAGAAUGUUCUGUGCACAGGAGAGCAUAGGAAAUUGAUUAUAAAUCUGGUCAUUGUCUCAGAUGUAAAUUUUCCUUUUCUAUAAAUACUGCCAUCACCAUCUUCUGUAGAAAUGUAGUACCAAUAUGAAGUUGGAGAAGCCCAUUGGAGUCCUUUUCUGAAAUGCUGUAUUUCACUGAAUUUCUGUUUCUGCUCAUUGGGAAAAGCAGCUAUACAUUUUUGUCUUUAAAAAAAAAUAAUCAUUAUGUUUGGAGAAUAUUUGCAGUUUAUUAGACUCAUUUAUCGCCUAACGUUCUGGGGGAUUUAUGCUGGUUUGACAAAUAAUGGCCACUCAGAGCAGUGAGAUCACUUUCUGUAUUACCAAUAGUCAGAGUGCUAAUGAAGUCAAAGGGACUUGAGGACGUGCUUUUCUGGAUCUCUGUCUUAUGGUGGAAAUCAUGGUCUGAUGUUAUCCUUCCUAAUUGUCACGUUAGCCAUAAGCUGCCUUAAC